CGUUUUCUCACACAAAACGCCCGUUUCGUGUCUUAGGCCAUCAAUGUGUACUUACAUUUACGAGUCAUUAAAUCAUGUUUAAUUUGGACUUCUCUGUGCAUGCUCUUUGAGGUGGUGACCAUAGACCUGCAUUAUAUGACUGACAGACAAGAACGGCUUGACCUAAAAAUAUCAAAAUUGAAAAUACUGUGGAAACAAAGACACCUACAUCUUGGAUGCCCUUGAGACAGGAUGCUGUUUUCUCUGGUCCUGAGCUCAGUGUUCGCACAUGUCAGCUGUGACUCCUGUCGGUGCACGGCUGUCCCGUAUAAAGGUGUGCGUGUGAACUGCAGCUCGCAGGGCCUGAGAAUGCUCCCUCCGCUUCAUGCCAGCACCACAGAUCUCCUUCUGCAGGAUAACCUCCUCACGGCCGUAUCUCCAGGGAACUUCGACAUGCUCACCGGCCUGCAGCUGCUCAAUCUCUCCGGGAACCCCUUCCACUGCGACUGCAGGAUCCUGUACCUAAGACAGUGGCUUCAGAGGAAUAAAGCGGUCUCUGGGAGUCCGGUGUGUGCCAGUCCUCCAGAACUGGCCCACAGGUCCAUCGCUGAGCUCACGGAUGCCGAUCUGCGCUCCUGUGCCUCUGAGUCCUGCUCCGAGUGGCUUUAUAACACCACCGUAUGCUCAAUGCUCUGCUUUCUCAUUGGUUUGCUGCUGUGGUGCGUGCAACUCGCAAGAAACUCGACCUUUAUUUUGGGCAUUGAUGAGAGACACAUUGGAUUUGAGGCCGAAUCUCUUCGAUCGCUCAAACCCAAGCACAGGGCGAGGGUGAGAUGCAGUAUUGGGGAUGACAUGGACAAGCCUUUACUCAACAUGGACAUCCUCCCUCAGAUACUGGACGUCCUGCACAAGCAACACAACAUUAAGAUUAAAGUACCAUGAGAAACUGAACUCUACACUAAUCCCUUCACUUGCUUGUGUGCAGUGGCAUACUGCAACUGUGCUUUGAUAUGAUUUGUAACAUGGACUGAGAUAUUAGAAAUUGUAAAUCCUGCCAGUUACUUACACUUUUGCUCUGUAAGGUGGAUUUUAGUCAGUGUACUGUGGU